GAUUAUAUGGUUUAUAUAAUUUUGAAGGAUUUGGUGAUUAUGAGUUUGUAGAUGUAUCAAUGGUACAAAAAUGCGUAGAUUUGAAUUAUCUUUAUGUUGGAUUUGACUUGAAAAAUAUUUUUGUCAGUUAUACUGUUAACUUACUGACUAUUGUUGUAUAUUUUGAUUGA